AAAAAUGGCACUACACCGACCACUCAUCUUGCUGGAGGCACUUUUAUACUUAUAUACUUUUAUAAUUGAGUCCCACGAAGGACCAUUAAAUGAUCGGAUUAUUGGUGGUCACGAAGUUGCCCCCCACUCCAAGCCUUGGAUGGCAUAUAUCACCUACACCAACGAUGCUGGCGAGAGACUUGUGUGUGGUGGAUUCCUAAUCAGCAGGGAUUUGGUGAUGACAGCUGCACACUGUGCAGGAAGCAAUAUCAAGGUUUCUUUGGGACUGCAUUAUCUCAGGGAUAGGAAUGAUCAGAACACAUUCCCUGUAUAUAAAAUCUACCGUCACAACAACUAUGACAGCAAAACCCAUGAUAGUGACAUCAUGAUACUACGGAUAAACCAGGAGGUUACUUUAAGUGAUGCCAUUCAAGUCAUUACUCUCCCAAAGAAGAACAAACGAGUGGCAGUGGGUACAGUGUGUAAUGUUGCAGGCUGGGGGCAGGCAGGAGAAGAUUCAAUGUCUCAAGUUCUUAUGGAAGUUAAUGUGACCGUUGUGGGAAACAAGAAAUGUGAAGAACUUCUGUCAGUGCCCAUCAGCAGUGCCAUGAUGUGUGCAGGCCAGCCUGGCACCACAGGGGAUGCCGCACAGGGUGACUCUGGAUCCCCUCUGGUUUGUGGAGGCGUGCCCAUAGGUAUUGUGUCCUUUGGGCAUGAGAAACCACCUGGGGCAUACACCCAUAUCCCAAGCUUCUUGCCAUGGAUCAGAAAGAUCAUAGUACCGUUCUCCAAACCUGCUCUAACAAGCAAAGCUCAUCUCUAUUAAUAAGAGGGUUCUCAGCUGCAAGGUACCUGCAUUAGCCCAACAGUGGUGAUAAUCUUAUCAUACCCUAAACGGAACAAGGCA